AUGAUAAGACGAGAGAAUCGUUUACGAAGAGAAUACAUCUAUCGUAAAAGCCUGGAAGAAAAACAACGUGCCAUAGAGGAGAAACGCGAAAAAAUUAAGGAUGCCUUGGAAAAUAACAAGAAAAUUGACACCGCUCUUCGAAAAGAUGCUAUUGAACUUGCUAAUGGCGCUGAAUGGGGAGGGCAGAUAAUGUCCAUUGACGACGAAUAUCGAUGGGCAGGUACGAAGGAUCCGAAAAUUGUUAUUACUACCAGUCGCGAGCCAUCAAGCAAGUUAAAAGUGUUUGUAAAGGCAGGUUUAAUGAGCCACUUUUGUUUCCGUUGGCUUGGUUACUUGAACAUUCUGUGCAUUGUGUGCUUUAAGGAGAUGAAAUUAGUCUUUCCCAAUGCCCAGCGGUUGAAUAGAGGUCACUACGAUGUUAAACAGCUUGUACAAGCUUGUCGAGCGAACGACGUGACAGACUUCAUACUGUUGACUGAGACUCGUGGAAAUCCUGAUGGCAUGGUCGUUUGCCAUCUACCAUUUGGUCCAACAGCUUAUUUCACUCUGUUCAACGUUGUGAUGCGUCACGAUAUCCCUGACAGGGAACCGAUGAGCGAGCAGUAUCCUCAUCUUAUUUUCCACAAUCUUGAUAGCAAACUAGGACAAAGGUUCACUUCUAUCCUAAAAUACCUUUUCCCUGUGCCCAAGGAAAACUCUAGAAGAGUAAUCACCUUCGCUAAUUUCGAUGAUUUUAUUUCGUUUCGUCACCAUACCUAUACGGUAGUGCAAGGUGGAGAAAUUGAACUGAAAGAAGCUGGACCGCGUUUCGAAUUAAGGCCAUAUGCCAUCAAAUUGGGAACGUUGGAGAAUAUAGCAGCAGCGGAAGAUGAAUGGGUAUUGCGAUCCUUCAUGAACACAUCAAGAAAGAGGCAGUUGUUAAGCAAUAAAGAGGAGGAAAGCGACGAAGAAGACUAG